AAUGUUGCAAAAAUUGUUAUUGUUAUGGAUAUUCGGAUGCUGGUAUCAACAGGAGAUCCGGUCUCAGCAUGUCAAUGUUACGAUAUUUACCGAAUCGAAAUGUAAAUACUGCACAAAACUGCUGCGCGAACAAAUCUGGCCAUUUUAUGUCCAGCGGCCAGGGAUCAUGAAUAUACAGGUGACUGUGAUUAUUUCCCGAAUCAAACGUUCUAUUGUCACUGUAUGCACGGGCAAGAUGAGUGUGAUCUGAAC